GAUGUUCAACUUUGCAACUUUCGUCGGGGGAACAUGGUGGUGAAGGCGGCCGAGAUCGCGCCGGCGGCAUACUCGUCCAACAAGAGCAGCAGUGCCGUCACAAAGGAAGAUGAUUUGACGUACGACCUGGGAAACCUGGCAGCGUAUGACACGCACCCAUUCCAAGUCAAGAACCUCUCGGACGAGAACGAACUCAAGGCGUACGCCCGCGACAGCGUUCAAUUGUUGAUUAACCACGUGUUUGAACUGCCGCGGCAGAUGACGGACAUGGGUCCGAUGGCUCAGCUGCCUGUACCCACCACCGUGAUCCCUCGCGAGAAGCCGCUCCCGAAGGAAAAGGUCGAGACGCGAUGGGAGAAGUUUGCGCGCGAAAAGGGCAUCAAGAACAAGAAGGAAGGACGCAUGGUGUGGGAUGAAGCGAAACAGAUCUGGGCUCCCAAGUGGGGUUACAAGCGUGCGAACGACGAUUCGGGCGACUGGGCGAUGCCUGUCAAGGCAGGCGCGGACCCGUAUGCCGACCCGUGGACUGAAAAGAAACAAGAAAAGGCGGAGCGCGUGCAAAAGAACUUGCGCAACCAAGCCAACAAUCUGAAACAAGGCCGUGGCAAGCAGCCCGCAUUUCCCGUCAGCAAAACUCCCUUAGGCGUGCCGGUGGAACUUCUGAACACAGAUGACAAGAAACUCAAGCAGCGCGGGAAGGAAGGCACGAAGGCGGCGCUCCAGAAGGUCCAGUUCUCGACAGCGUCGAUGGGCAAGUUCGACAAGAAGCGAGAAGGUGAAGGAGAGCGCAAGCACGUCGGCAAGCGAAACAAGUUUUUGAGCGUGACAGGGUCGGAAAAGACGGAGAAGGAACGCAGCAUGAACGUGUUGCAGCACCUCCUCGGCCGCGAGGAGAACAAAGGCAAGGCCAAGGCCGCGUCCCACAGCGACGGCGGUGACGACGACGUUGGUGGGAAGAAGGGCAAGAAGCGCGGCGGUCCCAAGUUGAAAAACAUCACAAAGGGCGCGGCCAAGCGGCAAAAGACCAAGAGAUAACUCGACAACCUAUUAACGACGUUUGAUCUAUUGAUAUUGCCGAAAUAUAUCGACGACGCAAAAAUCAAACUGACAC